AUUACUUAUCAUAUGCAUGUAAUGGUUUCGAUUUUUAUUAAAUUGGGAGAGUGAUGGGUUAAAUUCUGCAGUUUUUGCUCUGGUCGUCAGAUAAUUUUACGUAUUGCAUUGGGGUUUGAUAACCUAGGUGGUUGGUUAUUAUCUAUUUAGGUCACGUUAGGGCGUGUUACUUUUGUUAGCGCAAUAAACGUGUCAAAAAUAUUAGCAACAUCUCUCUGCGAUUUAAAAGAGGAAUUAUACAUCGUUAAAUAUUGGUUUCAAAUAUUGAGUAGGAAAAUCUUACGCUUUAUAUUUUCUGUAUACUAAUAAAAUCUGAAUAUAUGGAUUAACACAAGGCAACAUUCAACGAACUAGACUAAUGUAAUACCACACUGAAUCCUAUUUUAUUACAAUACGAAGAACAGGCGUUAGUUCGUGUUGAUUCAUCAGUUUACCAUUCAAAUAUUUGCGUCGCAUUUUUUAAAUUAACACAUUUUCCGUUGUUUUGUUCUUGAAAAUGUUUUAUAUGGCCUAUACUAUACUGUGUGUGUCAGAGAGAGAAACCCCGCAGAUUCGUUUGUUGCGCUCUUUAGUGAUGUAGAACAAUAUAUCGAUUUAUACUUGCAUGUGGUAAUUACUUUGUGCCUAAAGAGAUUUUCAAUGAAUGGAUAUAAUUCGGAUACCAUUUAGUUGAGCUUCAUGUCUUCUGUGUUCAGGUCAACCUUGUACUGUUAAUGAAAUCAUGUGCACUCCUUUUUUCUUGGGCUAACCUUGUGCAAUAGUUAUGUAAUAAUGUGCAUGAGGAGAAAGGAUGAAGGAAUGUGUAAAAGCAUUGAGGAGUUGUACUUUUAAUUUUCCUGUGGAUGUGGAUUAAAGUGUGAUGUGGAUUAAGGUGUGAAGGUAGUGAACACAGAUUUUAAAGUAGUGUUGAUCUUGUUUAUGAGCCAACAGCUGAUUUAUUCCAUAGCUGCUGGAAAUAAUAAAUUGUGGUAACUGCAAGUGUAGCCUAAGCUUAUGUUCCAUAAUGCAAAGACUCAAAAGAAUUACAAGUUACAGAAUGGAUUAGGUUUCAAACUAAAUCCUCAUUUUGGCAACAAAUAUGCAAUAACAAAUAAUUUAGACCAGGGCUUCCCAAACUUACUAUUGAGGGAUGAUUCACUCUCUUAAAACCACAUUAUUUCUGAAAUAGCUAGCAUGGCUUGAAGAAUGAAUGUCCCAUAUGCUCACUCUAGGAAUUUGAAUCAGGCAGAAUACUUUUCAGACUAGCAAUUCUUUCAUUUUUCUGUCAUGCACUGUAUAGCAAAUGAUUCCUUCUGACAGAGGUAACAUGCAUAAUUGAUUUAUAGACAGAGAGGUGAAAAUUUUUAAACAGUACGCCUAGGACCUAUUUUAUAAACAGUGCUUACACACAAAAAAAUAUGUGUAUACCACUUUCCCUGUGGAUAUGGGAUUUAUAAGAACAAACUUGACAUCAAAACAUACAGUUAUGCAAACUAUGACCCAUGUGUAUGCACAUUUUCCACACAGAUUUCACUCAAAUCCCUUCACUUCAUAUAAAAAUACACAGCCUUCCAUUAAUCACGUCCCUUGUCAGAGGAACAUUUAAGCUGAAGUAGUUUCAGUCUUUUUGAUGUUACAGAGAAAGUCCAUAUUUAAGCACCCAGACUGUCUGAAAAACGAUAUUAUCGCCAGCGACACCUCCCAUGUGUUACAUUCAGAGUUUUAGCUUAUGCCAUCAGAGAGGCGAGUCCCACAGCACAGAAUCAUAAGGUUAAAAGGCUCUUUUAUUCUGAAAUCGAAUGCUGAAUGUGAGGUCCAACAAUGUGAUUUCAUUUUGAUGGUGAGGUGUUUCAUUGGGAAGAUAUAGCCUAUAGGCUGAUGCAAUCUCUGUAUGUUUUAUUCUGAUGUAUCUGACUUUCAUGUUUGCAGCUGUGUGAAACUGUGCCGCUUUAAGAUGCAACGCAUAUCAAUAUUCAUAAUGGGGGUUCCAUGAACCAUUUAUGGGUAAUUGUGGGAGUUAAUGGGGUGGGAUACUAGGCUAAUGCACCUACGCAGAAACUGAAGUUUUUCCAAGAGAAAAUUGCAUGCAGGUGAGCAUACAGAUGGUUUUGUAAAACAGGAUUUUUAACGUUAAAUACUUUUUGUGUGUGCGCCUACUUAGAGUUAAUCCUCCAAAGUUUGUGGAAAAUUUGUUCAUAAACAAAGCAAGCAACAAUGAACUAAACCUGCAUUGUGUUAAAAUAAGGGAAAAAUGAGGAAAUAACUUACCCAAUGUUUCCAAAAUCCUUAACUGAUAAAGAAGUUGGCUUUACAAAAACAGCAUAUGUGGGGGCCAUAGGACGAAGUUUACAAAGCCCUGAACUAUGGCUCUCGAUGAGCAAGUAUAUUUGAUGUGUUGGAUAUGCAAGAUGUGGACACUGGACAUACUUAAUUUAUAGUAAGACCAAUUUUAAGAAGGCUGAAGAUUUCCAAUGCCUGACUCCUGAUGCCAAGCACAAAGAUGGGCUGUUGCUACCAACCUUUUGCCAGAAGUCAUUAGCUGAACAUAUAGGUCUCAGUAUCACACAUUUCAAAAGAAAAACAAUACAGCGGUUUGAAAAAUAUCUGUGACAGGAAGUUACACAACCACAAAUGUGUACCAAGUAGUGUCAUUCAUUGCGCAAAUGAGUGUCCUUAGGCUGCAGUCCAAUUCCCUCAUGCACUUACACUGGCCACAUGAGGAUAUCCUUUGACAAUACAGAAGUUGUUUGUGCACUCUCAGUUAAGGAAAGUACACAAAAUGAGCUCCACCACCCUCCAUUUUGCACCAGAGAAUGAGACUACUGUACCAAGCUGCUGGCUUUGGACAGAGAAAAUGCAAAGACUCCUUUGUAAAUCCUGAUUUCCUGUUACCUAACCCCUGCUAUUGUAAGUAUACAAUAGCUAAUACUUUGAUAUUAUGCCUAGAAUUCUAUUUUUGAAUGAUUAUUAAAUUUACAUAGAUAAUGAAACUAGCUACAUAACCAUUGGAACCUCAGUAGUUAAGUUACUAUAGACAACACAUUAGCAAACUAGCCAGAGAAAGGUAGGCAAUUUUAGGGCUGCAAUAUAUUUAUGACCAAUACACAACAAGACACAGUAAUGUCAAAAAUAAGGCAUUUAAGAUCAAAUUCAUAAGUGCAAUGUGCAACCGUUUUUGCAAUAUAUUUUACCUCUGGAUCUCUUGCCAAAGCAAGCAACCUAGUAGUGGCUAAUGCUCGCUAGUUGGCAAUCAGUGCUAAUGCGAGAUAGUUAGUGGCACUACAAGUGAGCAUAUUUUCAUAUAAGCUGCAGUGGGCAACUUUUUCAGUGGUCAGAGUUCUGUAGAAAAGAAGUGAUGAUUUUGUUAAAUUCACUAGCUAGUUUGACCUUGCCAGUUUACUAGCUUAGCCAUCUUGGAGAAACAGCUGAAUGUUAUAGGGUUAGCAAGCUAGAUCAAUGGAUUUCCUUCAUAUUAGGUCGUAGCUAACAUUGGCUAGCUAGCCGUUCUGGUAGCAUUCUUUUUGUUUCCAUUACAUCACAAAAGUCUAACCAGGGACCAUGAUAGACAGUAACACAUAAAUGCCACAAACCAGAAAAGGAGUCAACGUCUACAUAUAACAAAAAGAUUUAAAGAUGAAGACAAACAUACAAAACAUUACCAUACGUAGGUUGACAGGAUGGCCCGGGCAGUAACCAGGCCAAAGCUAAACUACUCCUUACCUAAAACAAUUUGCAAUACUGACCCUCCCUACCGGGGCAAAGCAAAAGGAGUGAGUCUUCCAGCAAACCCCUACUUCCCUACUCUGACCUAACUAUCUGAAAAGGUGUUGAAAACAAAGUAAAAAAGAAAAAACUGCCUGGCCAACUGCAACAGAAAAGUAUACCCACACAAAACUAAAACAGAAAACAAAUCAUAUGGCAAAACGCAGUAAUUUAAGUGUUCUAAUGCACAACCAAGCCAGCCAAAAACUAGUGCCAAGAAGUCAAAGAAAGCCCCAUAUCUGCAAUGUCUUCAGGCUUUUAUUCAUUUUAAGCUGUCAGGUGGGCACAGGUGCACAUCAUCAGCAAUCAGGGAAUCAGGUCUUCAAUUAGCUGAAGACCCAGACACAGGCAGGCAGAAACCCCACAAAACAAGAAGACGUAACAGUUGCUGGCUGACAGAAAUACAUUUUCCAUAGAAACAGGUUAUAGGUGAAAUGAAUGUUGUAUCUUUUCUCUGUGAAAGUUUUCCUUUCUUGACCUUCUUUUUUGGUAUCCCGAAGGAUACUGUAAGUCCUUUUUGAUGCCAUAUUACAAGUCAAGCAUGACGAUCCUUACUUUUCAAGUUCAGUCAUAGCUUUCAUUGAGUUCAGCAAUCAAUAACGUCACUUCGGGUUGAUUGCCCAUGGGUUUCAUCAAUUCAAGUAUUGUAAAUAUUUGUUAUAAGAAAUGUCGUUUUAUAACCCUGUUCAUCAACAAGUUUUAGUUACAAUUAAUGUUACUUAUCCUAGUGCUUCUCCCUUUGUGUAUUUGUGUAGAAAAUAGAGUUGUUUCACUUUAUUUGAUCAGCCCACUAUGGUAUCCUUCUGUGCGGCAGGAAACGCUCUGAGAUAGGAUUUCUCAAUUAGUCCGAUGUACGGGUAGUGCUGCGACUGCCACUUCCUCUUUCCUUUCUCGGCACACUCCAUUUCAAUGGUAAGAGCUUUUUGUUUCUUGCGCCUCUAUACUUGCAAGUAUACUUGCGCCUCUUCCAUAGCUUGGGGCAGCUAACUAUCUAGUCACUUCAUUUGGAGUUUGUUGUUGCUAUUGUGAUUUCCACAACUGGGUACCAUGGGCAAUACAGGGCUGGUCUGUCUGGGAGUGCCAGCAGCUAUCCGGCUCACUCAUGACGGCCUGAAUGUUGGUUCCCCUGGGCCUCCUCCAUCUCAACAUCUCAACCAUUUUAACAGUGGUUCUGUUCACUUCUGGUGACAAUUGAGUGCAUGGCAGCCCAGAGUGUGUGGUGCUAUUCUUUCUGAAAGAGGAAGUGAGUGUGAGCAGUGACCAUUGCAGGAAAUUAGUGUGCAGCAAUGCCUCUUUAGAGGGCUGGGCUGCAGUAUACAGAGUGGUCUAUGUGGCAGUGGCCGCUGAAGCCCCCCCCCCCUCCCCCGGACCAGGCAGGAUAUCAAUCUGCUGGAGCUCAGGGCAGUUCACCCGGCCCUCUAGUUUUUCUUGUCUCCUCUGCCUGGUCAACAUGUCCUGGUGCAAUCGAACAACACCACGGUUGAGGCCCACAUCAAUCACUAGGGUGGUUUACAGUCUCAGGGCCUGCACAAAAUGACCCUUGAGUUGUUAAUGUGGGCCCAGGAUUGUCUGCUCUCACUGAGAGCAGCCUACAUCCCUGGAACCCUGAACAUAGCAGCAGGCAUACUCUCCAUAGAUGGCCUACCGGAGGGGGAAUUUAGGCUUCACCCUCAGGUAGUGCAGAUCUGGGAGAGAUUCAGAAGGUGCAGAUGGACCUGUUUGCCUCCUGGUAGAACACCUACCUGCCCUGCUGGUUCUGCAUGUCAGACUCCCUGGGACCCUUAGCCUGGAUUCCCCUGGGCCAUGAGUGGCCACCACUGACACUCUAUGCCUUUCCUUUGUUCCCACUGAUUCCAGUGACACUGGACAGGGUUCACAUGAUGGGCCACCGGUUGAUCAGUUGCUCCAUACUGGCCAAGGUGCCCCUGGUUCAGCCUGCUGUUAGUCUCAUCAUGUGACAUGCUUACCCUGGUACUAGGGACUUGUAGCUUCUCCAGAUUCAUUCUUGUUUUAGAAACCAUUUAAUUAUUCUUUUGAUUGAAAAAGCUUUUCCUGAUCAAUUGAACUCGAAAUAAGAACUUGCCAGUACCAUUUUGCUAAAUAAUUUAUCAGCUUUCAAUGAGCUGAUUGUAGGGGUUACGUGAUACCAUGUGGUCUAUUUAAGUUUUUUUAGGUCAUUGUGGAAACGACUUUACGGGACAGCAAAGUGAUCGUUAGCAAUGAAAAUCAAAUGAAUUCACAAUUAUUUUCCACUCUUAUCUGCAUCAUAAAGCAGUUGUCUGCAGUUUAUAUGAAAGGCCUAUGAGUUAAGUAAAAUAGUCAUGUUUUCCAGUUUUGGAAAGGUAUAUCUAUGAUACAGAAAUGGAAUAUUGUGCAAUAUGUUGUAAAUGUGCAGAAAAUAUAAAGAUAAAUGUAUUUCACAGCAAUGUAUUUUAAAAACAAUGUAUUCCAAUAUUCAAAAGUGUUAACAAUUUAUAUAUUUUCCUUUCUAUUACAAGAUGUACAUUAUCAAUGUCUUCUAAUUGUGAUAUAUUUUAUUUAAUAUGUAGGACUGUUUCAUAAGGGGAGACAUGUAUAUACUAAUAUUAGAGCUAAUAGAAACUUGCAGGCCAUUUUUUGUCCCUGAAAUUAAACAGGUGUGCAGUUGUGACAAUGCUUUGAAUGCCUUGCUUCUUCAAUCUCAGAUGAAUCAUGCAGGAACUGUAUUUUACUAGACAAAUACCCUCUUGAAGUUUGUUCCUGAGAAUAAAAAACCCCCAGUCCAACACUGCUUGCCAAGACGCAGAAAUCUGUCCCCAGACUGAACUUGUUACCGAAACGUGACAAAUUAAGCCCAGUGGAGGUUCAAGCUUGUUAGGGGAGGCACUGUUUCUUCUUGUCAAAUACAUAUGUAUUGCCACUUCAAGUUUGCUGGGCACAUUUCUUGUAAUGUUCUAAUUAUGUUGUUGAACUCAUGAAUAAAGCUGAUGUUUUAGUUUGAGACUCAGAUGACAGAUGAUUAAGUUUAUUGUAAUGUCUGAAGAAAUACAUGCACAUCAGCCCAAUAGCUAAGGUGCACAAGCAAAAGAUUAUUAAUACUUGAACAAAGUGAGAUUUGCACAAUUGGUAUAGUGCUCCAAAAAAUAAAGCUUUAAUAUAGCACAGUUAGUAUUUUGACUGUUCUGAUGAAGGCUUGCAAGCCAAAACAUUAACUGUGCUGUAUUAAAGCUUUAUUUUUUGGACCACAAUAUCAAGUGUGCAAGUCUCAUUUUGUUUAAGAUGAUUAAGUUUACUUGGUAUAGAAGCGACCCACCAUUUUGAUGAAUUGAAGAGAUAUUGCAUCAUAUAAAAGGACCCAACUAAAAAAGUAUCAGUUUCCUUAAUCUCUGAACACCCAGCAAGAUGCAUGGGAUACAGUUACAUACAUUUCACUGUUGAAAUACAGAAUAAGUACACGUAUUAGCUGUCCUGGCGAGAUUCUCUAUAGCAUUAUCUAAUAAAUAUAUAAAUAGUAUUAUCACAAUGAAGUGCUGUCACAAUCUUUGUGAAACAAUCUGUCCUCAUCUUUCUUGGUAUUGCUCUGGUGAAAAAGAAUGUAUUUACCCAAAUCUUCCUUUUCAUCGCAGUUGAGCAAAACACAUGUUCAAUUUCUCCCUCUGCUGCACUUAAUUUGUGACUGUGCGUUGCCAGAUAUGCCAUAGCAUCUCUCCACCCAAAAAAACCCCACAUUUAACUCAAUUCUGUAAACUGGCCUUGUCUGAGAGUGCUGUGCAGGUGGGGGAGGCGGGCUUCUUUGGAUAGGUUGCUUUCUGGAGAAUUUUGUGUACACAUAAUGACAAGGGCACCAGAUAACAAUUUUGUAUCUCAAGCUGUACACUGUCACAAUUCAAUUCAUCCCACAGGCAAACAAUAUUUAAUUUUCAUUCUGCAUGAAUGUGCGAGCAAUUAAAUAAAAACAAGGAACACUGUUUGAACAUUAUUUCUGAGUCGCUUAAGCAAAUUCAUUGCUCACAAAGAGCUCUGGUAAUUUUCAGUCAAAUUCCAGCAGCAACAGACUGUGGAAUGCAACAAGCAGCGUCUUUAAUGGUGCUGAUCCCCAAGAAUAGGGAGAGGACUGCAGUGUACCACUGGCAGCACAAAACAGGGAUGUAUGCAGGCCAGGGCUGUUGCUUCAUAAGGGCUAGCAGCUGGCCAAUUGCUUGCCAAUUGACCUCAGGUGAGUAGUGCUUGGGGAUGACAGACGUGGCCACUCCCUGGUCCCCACAAACUCUUCUGCAUUCCCUGUGGGUUGCAGUGUCACUGGGGCGCGGGGGAGAGUUUCGGAUGAGUGCACACGCUUCGACUGCAGGGCUCCCUGUGUUAGGUGCAGGUGGCAUAAUGUGGACAGGAGAGAACUGCACAAUCUCUGAGUUCAUAAUGAAGAAAAUCACACUUGUAAUUCGGUUUAUUGUCAUUAGUAUACAGUUCUUAUUGCUAGUACUAAUAUUUGAUUGUGAUUUUAGGGUCAUUGUAAUUUUUUGCAUUUAAAAAAAAAUUGAAAUGCUGUUAUGAUUUGUUGUAAUAAGCCUACAUUGCACAAUGCUUUCAGAAAACAAUGUUCACACAAGGAUUUUAUGCCAUUUACUGUACAUUUAUCGUAAAAUAAAAAAGUGUCCUGUUUCUUAAACCUGGUCAAUAUAAUGCAUUCAGUGAAGGAUUAUAUAUCAGUACUCAUCCUGUGUUUCAGUGUUGAACUGAGGAACAGGACAGUUCUUCAAGAACUUGAGAACUUAAUUUGAGACACGCAAGUGAAUUGAUUUCAUUAUGAUGACACCAGCCAAUGAGACCCUAUCAUUGUUGCUCCAUUAAAAUGCACAAAAGUCAGCACAGUCAUGCUCACUGGUUAACUUUGUUGGUUUUGUAUGGUUUUAUUAUAGGUGCUUUGGUUUAGUUGCUUGAAACACUGAAACAUUUAUCUUCUUGGCUUAUGGCUUUUCCAGAACGACUAACACAGCUUACAUUUCUAUAUACUACCCCUUUUUAUAGCUGGAUGCCUACUGAAGCCAGGUUGGUAUGUUGCUCAAGGAUACAAUGGCAUUGAUCCCCUGGUCUGAAAUGAGUAAUGUGUCUCUGAUGUGUCUACCAUUUCAUAAGCCAUGUUUUUGGUUUUGUUCUUUCAGAGGACAAAUGGUCAGUUUGGUCAAAAUGGAAAUGACUAGAGUGGUUGUAUUCAGUGUUGUGUUCUUCCUGGCGUCUGCGAGAUUGGAAGUGAAAGAAGAACCCUACACUGCUUUUUUUGGAGAAGAUGUGCACCUCCCCGUUCCCUCUCUGAAGACCACGGAGGUGCUGUUCAAGCCCAGCGUUGGCCCGGAGGGCUCCGAGGACGUUCUGAUGAGAGACGGGGUGCUGUUUGGCUCUCGGGCCAAGCUGAACCCCCAACGCAGUCACCUGAUCCUGGAGGACGUGGGGGAGAAGGACGAGGGCGUGUAUGUCAUUAAACACACGGACACUCCAGAGGACGUCAAGCACAUCAUUCUCAUGGUCAGAGAUUGCACCAUAGAGCAUAAUCUUAAAUAUGGCGAAACGUACCUGAUCUCCCUGAGCAAAAUUUUGGGCCCAAUCACCCUGGAGUUCCGGUCCAGCGUGCUGCAGCUCAACCAGACCUCGGACGGCCCGGUGCUGCUCCUGAACCAGACCUGGACCCCCAGCGAGGAGUACAAGGCCCGUCUGACCGCGUCAGAGAAGAGGGUCAUCCUGCACACCGUGACUGGCUCAGACGAGGGCAGCUACACCAUUCUGGACUCUGACGAGAAAGUGAGGAAGAGGACGUGCCUGAACGUGAAAGAGCACCAGGUCUUUGUCCAAUUACCGUACGCCGGCACACUGAAGAUCAACCUGAUUCUGGACCCCUCCAAAGUCACGGUGCAGUACAGGCAGAGGUCCAGCGGCAGGGCGCGGCUCAUUCUGGACCGGGGGGAGCUGGUGGUGCCGGGGGAGCCCAGCCUGGAUAAAAGGCUCUCAGUGGAUGGGUCCAUGUUAAUCCUGGAGCGGGUGCGCUUCAGUGAUUCGGGGCAGUUCACGGUGACCGACUUGCAAGGUUUCGUCAUCUCCAACACCGAAGUGGAGGUGGAAGCCUACAAGCUGCCCCCUCUUUACGUGGCGAUAAUCUCUCUCCUGUCGCUGCUCGUCUUCCUCCUGUUUGUGUGCCUGCUGUCCUGCCUGGCGAAGGUCCACUAUCGAGCCAAGCGGGCGAGGGCCAUAGCGCGCAUCGCCCAGGAGGCUGGCAAGGGGGACGGCGAAACCUUCCGCCAGGUGGUCCAUGAGGCCUACACCAGGUUCACUGAGGAAUCCACUAUGAAGUCCCAGUGGGACAGCAACACCGACAACACAGAAGCUGACAUCAAGGGUCUAGAGGUGUCCAAAGGGGGGCGCUACCACACCCUGCUCUCGGAUAAAAAUUUCCUCGAAACGAGCGACUCGGGGGUGGAGUUCAACAUCUCCGGCUUCCCGCUGGACAGCGACACGGACGUGCCCCCGUCGUACCUAUCCUUCCUGGACUCUGACAAGCCCAAUGGAACGUCCGCCCCAGACCCCGUCCAGAGCACCAAGCAGGCCCCCGACUCUCAACCUGGUGGGGGCAGCGGCGGCACCGCGCAGGGGCCCAGGGUGGGGUCCUCACCGGAGGUGGGCCUGAGCCCCGGGGCCGGCCACGAAAUGGCGGCUCCGCCUCCCGAAGCUGAUCCCGCGAACGAGGCGGACAAGGACUCCGCCCCGCCCAGCGAUGCCGGCGCCGGUCAGGAUGGCAACGGCGAGAAAGCUGCCAACUAAGGGACCACCCCCCCCCCCAUCCCCCCCCCGCCCCCCGAUCUUUUAGAAGCUUGGCGCCCCCCAACCCCCAAAAUCUUGACAAUCUUGCUCCCCAGCAAAUAGACCCCCCUAACGCACACGGCUAAGUUCAGUUCGCUGCUAAUACGGCAGGGACAAAAUCCAUGGGUAACGCUUUAACAGCUUCUAGUUCUUUGAGAUUAUGAUGCAUGACUGUCACUAACCACACAUGUUAACUUGCAUCUUUGAUCUACCUGAAAAUAGGCCAAGCAAGUUUAUUACAGUCUUUGUACAUGUUCAGGUAUGCUUCAAAUGAACUAUGCGCUGAAGAAAACCAAAAUGUUUGGUACAAUAAGGUAAAUGCUUGGUUCAUGGCCAAACAAAUACUAACCCAGGGUUUCAUUCUAAAAAAACAUACAUUGAACCAUACAUUAAAACGCUGGGUUUCAACGUUGUAUAGCUUAUGCUACAAAGAACUUGUUAUUGCUAUAUAUGCUCUAUUAAGAAUACCUACAGAUCCCACACAAAACACCAGUGAGAAAAUAAAUGGCAGAACAUGAAACCGUCGAGAAAAGAGCAGAAAACACUUAAGAACAUUGGAUCACAGCGCCUGAAAACCCUCAGCUUGUUAGCUUCCACUCCAAAUCAGACGUUCUCUCAAAUGAACAGCCACCCGCUGCACUUAACAGACACCAUUACAAACUCAGAUUUUCUUGAGACAGCAUUUCACAAAAUGAUAACAUUGAAAUGCCAACCUCGCCAAACUCUGACUCGCAACACAACCUCCCCAAAUGUGUGAGACUAAUCAGGUCUCCAUUUACACUGUAGUUAUUUCUUUGGGGGAAAUGUCAGAUAAGCAUGGUCAGUUAAUCAUGUCCCUUUUUUUGUGCAUGGCAUAGAACCAUGGUUACACAGAUGCAGAGCCGCCAGAAUGUAUGUGUUCAGCUGCUCAUUUGAUAGCACUGCACUGCUCCGGUACUGUGUGGUAGUGGACACAGUCUCAUAAAGGUCACCCAGCCAACUGCCUUUACCGCUAUUUAGAAUCUGAAAUAGAUGAAGAAGAAAGUGGCAGUGUUGGAUAGAUUCUCUAGUAAGCCAUUUCAGCCAUGUUAGAAUUUUCACAUCAGGUUUAUUCACAACAUCAGCAUUGCUAAGCUGCCAGUUAAAAUUCUUUACAAAGUUGUUUGUUAUAGUUUUAUGUGUCUUUCUGAAGUCUCUCAAGAAUGUAACUCCCAUAUAAAUGGAGCCCUGAUAGUAUUUAACCUCCGUAUGCCCAAACUGAAAGAACCUAGUCCAGCUCUAACACAUCCCACGGCUGCCAUCUGGUUCCUUAUGUAAAUGUAAGACAGGAAGGUGGCUCGAUCACAGCUCCGCAAUUUCUUGUCCUGCAUCUAGCGAUGCAUUUAAACCGAUCUGUGACUUUGUCGUUGGGAUCCAGUGUUACGUACGCAAGCAAAACGCAAAACCUGGUGCUGGAGAUGCAGCUGAGUUCACCCCUGUGGCUGAGGUUACCAGGAGUCAGCCAGUGGCAUUUCUGGAGUGGCCCUCCUCUCUGUACUAACAGCCAACUGGGAGGUCAAACCCUCAACUUUAGGGGAUCCCUAAACUCGUCCCACUAUACAUAUCCUGGCAAUGGACACAGUUUUGAAUGACCCUGGAUGUCACCCCAUCCGUACGCUUCUGAUCUCCCAUGUGGCCCUAGCUCCUGGGCAAAGCAGAGCAGGAACAGGAGGGACUGCGAUGACGGCAACAUCAUAAUACUCAAAGAGAUUGAGCAGCAACACCGCAGACCUACUGAACACCUAGAUGCCUGUGCCCCACAACAGCCUAACAUGUCUCACCCACCGUGCCCACUGGAUAUCUCCAUAUUACAACUGCUCACCAUCAUCCAAGGCACUGAACACAUCAAUGAGACACUGAGCACUUUAAUACUCGUCAAACCGACACCCUUUUGAUGUCAGAGAGGCACCCCCUGGAUUGCAGAGCGUGCCACAGCCCUGCAGAUCCACAGACGAUGGACUGCAUGAUGGUUACAUCACACUGCUCCACCUCCGCCCUCAUUGGUGCCUGUAAAACCCUGAGGACCAUGUAACCACCCCCGAGAUAGCCACCCUGGGUUUUCACCCCUUCCACAGAAGGACUGAAUCAGUAGUGCUCACUUGUGAUCCUGGGGAGCCACAGUCCAAAGGUUAUUUAGAGAUGUUGUUUGCCAAAUUACUGAUGUCCACUUGAAACAUAUUCUCAUCCAAUUAAAAGGCUCAAAGUCACUCAAUUAUAACUUGAGUUAAAGCAGGCCAAUCACUACUGAACCCAGAUAUGAGACUGCAGAUAUGAGAUGUUUUUUUUAGGAAACACAGGAAAUAGACAUGGGUACAGUCAGGGUACAGCCAACUUGAAGAACUAUUCAUCCAAUUCAGUGUUGGGAAUGUGUGUUUUACUACAGAGAGUAUAAGGGUGGAUGUGGAUUUUAGUGCAUUGGAAAGGUUGAGCAGGUGGACAGGUUUGUUGAAGGCCCAGGUUUCAUUUCAGAAGUAGAGGGACGCUGUCACAUGACAUACGCGGAGGUUACAGUCAUCUUGCUGGGAUGAAUUAGCAUUUCUACCUCCCAUUUCAGCACAGCACAGAUAUCCAUGGAUGAUUCCUCUAGUUCAAAGCAAUGAGGCAAACACAUUUAGUGGGUCUCCACAAAAAGCACAGAUUUUACAAAAACUCACUUAUUUAACAAAAGUUCAAAGCAAAACUUCAUAACAUCAUGAAAUUGUAUCUUGUAAGUAGAUCCAUCUGCCAAAAGCUAAACAAUUUUCUCUUUUAUGUUCUUUUUUUCUUUUUACAAUUGGAGCUUUUUUGAGCAUAUACAAUAUGAGAGAAAGAUUUGGUAUUGCAGAUGUGAACAUAUGACAAUGGAGAGUGUCUUUUUCACACAUGAAAAAAGAAUGCAUAUGAAAUCCAACAAAUGAAACAAGUGAAAUCCAAACUAUAAGGAAUAGAUGUUUGAAAAAAUAAAACACAACACUGUCUGGGGUAUUGUCAGCUUAAUAAGUGUCAUUCUGUGCUUUAUAGUCUGUGUAUGAAACAGCUUAAAUAAUGAUUGAUAUGAUGAUUCUAAAAUUAAGUAUAAAGCUACAUAUGAGAUGCUGACAAUAACUGAGCUGUUCCUUGUACUUUGGAUUUUCUAGACAGGCAUAUACCUUUUUCAUAAGGGCAUUACAAUUGUAUGUACAUUUAUAUUAUAUAUACAUUCAAUUUGUGGUAUUCAUUGCAGGGUGUAGAAAUAGGGAUUUGUCACACUUUCCUGGAUUUUGAUUAGAUUAAUAAUUGUGACUGGCAUUGCAAAAGGCCUUUAGUCAUUCUAGUCAGAAAGCAUCCAUUAAUCCCAGGUGACACUGCCUACAGUGUCUAGACUCAGAGCAGAGACCUCUCCUUUUAUGUGAAUUGGAGAGGGACCAGGUUUUGAUUUGAUCCACAACCACAAUAUUGUUUUAACACACACACAUACACACACACCUUGCAUGCAGGGUAUAUAGUACAUACAAACACCACGACCCCUUCAGUCAUCUCUGUAUAUAUUGCAUGCGUAGAGAUAAAGCUGUUUACUUAUGCAAAUCUUAUGCAAGCUUUCACAUCCAAAGGGCACAAUAAUCCUCAUUCUUUUCCCAUCCCAUGCAAAUAUAUUUACAUCUAAUAUAAAUGUUAAUUAAGAAAUUACUCUCAUUGAUUUUGUGAAUUAAUGCCUGAGAGAUCAAAACAAUUUUUUUUUUUUUUUUAAUGUUGGUGGCUCUUUCUGCAGGAGCCAUUAGAGCCAUCAUCAUUGAAUCAUAACCCAAACCCAGAUACACAAGAGUAUUAUUUUGAUACUGCUAGGCACAGUAGGAGUAAUAUUUUAUUGCCACGAUUACAAAUGCGACUAGUAAUAUACCUAAUAUAAUAAAUAUUCGUUCUUAUAAUAAUUCCUGUCAUAUAUUAUGCGCACAAUUACAAAUAAAAAUGUUAUGAUUGCUGAAGCAUGCUGAGCUUUUAGAUUGCCUGUAAGACAGUUUUAUGCAAGUUUGCAUUAAUAUACAUGUAACCUUACCAAUCAGUGUCUGCCUGUACAGUCAGAGUAGUAUUACUAUUGAAAUGGGUAUGUCAAUAUGAUAUACAAACAUAUAUUCGAUCUCACAUGAACAGUACUAUCAUAAAAGGUCAUUGAUAUUUCUUAUGCCUUUGCCUGAAAAGUACAGAAUUAAUUUAGUCUUUAAUAACAGUAUUGGCUUUUGCACUUAACCUUUUUUCCGAUAUGUUUUGAACACAUUACAGUAUGGCAACACACUGAAGUUAUACUAUGGUACAGCAUGCUUAAAAUAUGAUUUAUAUAUUUAAUCAACAGCUGAAACUUUCGUAGUAUGGUUAAAGGAUUGUUGUAUACUGAGGACACAAUGCCUAUGACACAAAAAUGAGUACUGCACUCUCAAAACAUGUUCCACUGACUCAUAUUGUACUUCACUACCAUGUAUAAACCUUAACUCUAUUUUCAGUUUUUAAUGAACAAUAUGUGAUGUUUUACAUUUAUAGAUCUUAUGAUACUGUUUUUUGCAUCUGCCACAGAUUUUUGUAAAACAUGUUUUCUUGAAGGAAUGACUUAAAGUAAUAAUAAAAAAAUGAUUUUGAAAAGACA